GGUGUUUCACAGCUUCGCCAACAAGGUCACACUGUCUGCUUAUUCGAGUGAUUUAGCAUUUUUUUCGGCACAAAAGAAAAAUUGAAAUUGAAUCGGUGCAAUUGUUGAACAUAUUUUUGACUGGAAACAACGCAGCUGGAAAAUGAGUCUUACGUCCGCCGCGGGGAUUAUUUCCCUACUCGAUGAGCCGAUGCCGGAUCUCAAGGUGUUCGCCCUAAAAAAGUUGGACAACAUCGUGGACGAGUUUUGGCCAGAGAUCUCGGAGUCCAUCGAGAAGAUUGAGAUGCUGCAUGAAGACCGCAGCUUCCCCGAAAACAAGCUAGCUGGCAUGGUGGCCUCCAAGGUGUUCUAUCACUUGGGUUCCUUCGAGGACGCUCUAACCUACGCCCUGGGCGCAGGCGAUCUCUUCGACGUGAAUGCCAGGAAUGAGUACACAGAGACGAUUAUUGCCAAGUGUAUUGAUUUUUACAUCGCCCAGCGAGUGGAGUUUAUAGAGAAUCCCAAGGAAGCGAGUUCUGUGGACGAGCGGCUAGAGGGGAUUGUGAAUAGGAUGAUUCAGCGUUGUCUGGACGACAACCAGUUUCGUCAAGCGCUAGGUAUUGCCUUGGAGACCCGUCGUAUGGACACUUUCAAGGACGCCAUCAUGAAGUCGGACGACGUUCGUGGCAUGCUGGCCUACGCUUACAACGUGACCAUGUCUCUAAUUCAGAACCGUGGCUUCCGGAAUGAAGUGCUACGGUGCCUGGUAAGUCUGUACCGGGAUUUGGGUGUUCCCGACUAUGUGAACAUGUGCCAGUGCCUCAUCUUCCUGGAGGACCCGUAUGCCGUGGCCGAGAUGCUGGACACCCUCACACGUUCUUCUGUGGAGACAAACAAUCUGAUGGCGUAUCAGAUUGCUUUUGACUUGUACGAGUCGGCAACGCAGGAAUUUCUAGGGAAUGUGCUGCAGCACUUAAAAAAUACAGCUCCUAUUCCAACCGCCCUGCCCAGCACAUUCAAGCCCCAGGGCACGAGCUCCGAGGAAGGGGCUAAGUCUGAGGGGGACAAAUCCAAGCCUGACGAGGACAUCACAGAAGAAAAGCAAGGCGAUGACAAGGUGGAGCGCACAAUUGAUUCGCUUAACGAGGUUGAGAAGCUUCAUCAGAAGAACAUUGAAAAGCUGAUAUCGAUCCUCUCCGGCGAGGUUUCCAUCGACCUGCAGCUUCAGUUCCUCAUCCGCAGCAACCAUGCUGACUUGCAGGUUCUACGAGGCACAAAGGAGGCGGUCAGGGUAUCCAUCUGCCACACAGCCACUGUUAUUGCCAACGCUUUCAUGCACAGUGGAACCACCUCUGACCAGUUCCUGCGCGACAACCUCGACUGGCUGGCAAGGGCAACGAAUUGGGCCAAGCUUACGGCAACCGCCUCGCUUGGAGUUAUCCACCGUGGACACGAAAAGGACUCAUUGGCUCUCAUGCAGAGCUACCUGCCCAAGGAGGCUGGUCCCAGUUCUGGUUACUCCGAGGGUGGUGCCCUGUAUGCGUUAGGCUUGAUCCACGCAAAUCACGGGGCUAACAUUAUAGACUACCUGCUACAACAGCUAAAGGAUGCCCAGAACGAGAAUGUGCGUCAUGGUGGCUGCUUGGGACUUGGUCUCGCUGGCAUGGGCACCCAUCGACAGGAUCUCUACGAGCAGCUGAAAUUCAAUCUGUACCAGGAUGACGCGGUCACUGGAGAGGCGGCGGGAAUUGCCAUGGGCAUGGUCAUGUUGGGCUCGAAGAACGCUCAGGCCAUCGAGGACAUGGUGUCGUAUGCCCAGGAGACGCAGCACGAGAAGAUCCUACGCGGCCUGGCCGUAGGCAUCUCCCUCACUAUGUUUUCGCGUUUGGAGGAGGCUGACCCCUUGGUGACCAGCCUGUCCACGGACAAGGACCCGGUUUUGCGUCGCUCUGGAAUGUAUACCAUAGCUAUGGCUUAUAAUGGAACUGGUAGCAACAAAGCCAUCCGUAAACUACUCCACGUUGCUGUCUCCGACGUGAAUGAUGAUGUGCGAAGAGCUGCCGUCACUGCUAUUGGUUUCAUCUUGUUCCGUACUCCGGAGCAAUGUCCAUCUGUCGUGAGUCUGCUGGCAGAGUCCUACAACCCGCACGUUCGUUAUGGAGCCGCAAUGGCGCUAGGUAUCGCCUGUGCCGGCACAGGACUGCGUGAGGCCAUCGCCCUUCUGGAGCCAAUGGUAAAGUUCGAUCCGGUCAAUUUUGUGCGUCAGGGAGCCCUCAUCGCCUCAGCCAUGAUAUUGAUCCAGCACACUGAUCAAAGCUGUCCGAAGUCCACCUUCUUCCGCCAGCUGUAUGCUGAGGUUAUUAGCAACAAGCACGAAGAUGUGAUGGCUAAGUAUGGCGCUAUUCUCGCUCAGGGUAUUAUUGAUGCCGGUGGUAGGAAUGCCACUUUGUCCCUGCAAUCCCGUACAGGACACACUAAUCUGCAGGCAGUGGUCGGUAUGCUGGCCUUCACCCAGUACUGGUACUGGUUCCCUCUGGCUCAUACUCUAUCGCUUGCCUUUACACCUACAUGUGUGAUUGGUCUGAAUUCCGACCUGAAGAUGCCCAAGAUGGAGUACAAGUCAGCGGCCAAGCCUUCACUGUACGCCUAUCCUGCGCCUUUGGAAGAAAAGAAGAGCGAGGAGCGCGAAAAGGUUGCCACCGCCGUUCUUUCCAUUGCAGCCCGCCAGAAGAGGCGUGAGAAUGCUGACAAAAAGGAGGACGAGAAGAUGGAUGUUGACGAGGAUAGCAAGGAGGGUGCUGCAGUCAAGAAGGACGAAGAAACCAAGACCGACGAAAAGCCCGCUACGGAGGAGAAGCCUAAGAAGAAAGAGGAGAAGGAAAAAAAGAAAGAUGAGGAAAAGGAGGUGGCUGGUACCAGCAGCGAAAAGGAUAAGGAGAAGGAGAAAAAAGAAAAGAAGGAGCCAGAGCCCACCUCCGAAAUCCUGCAAAAUCCCGCUCGUGUGCUUCGACAGCAACUGAAGGUCCUUAGCGUUAUAGAUGGGCAAUCUUAUGAGCCGCUUAAAGAUGUAACCAUCGGCGGAAUUAUUGUAUUCCAGCACACCGGCAAAUCCGAGGACCAAGAGCUCGUGGAGCCCGUUGCUGCCUUUGGACCCAUGAACGACGAGGAAAAGGAGCCGGAACCCCCAGAGCCCUUCGAGUACAUCGAGGACUAAAUGGGCAUGCUGUUUGUCAUUAUCUAAGUAAAACCUGUUCGAUUUUCAACCUUGCAUACUUUUCACGAGAGGUACUAAUCAACAAAAACAUAACGCUAAUCCCUAAUUAUAACACAAUAAAAUGUUCAUCGUACAAGAUGUAAA